AUGUCCGGCCGCAGACAGAAAGUGAUGGUUCCGCCCAUCAACCAGCUCUUCAAGUAUCUCCAGCAGCAGUCGCGUGUGACGGUGUGGCUGUAUGAGCAGACGGGCGUGCGAAUUGCUGGCGUGAUUCGCGGGUUCGAUGAGUUCAUGAACAUCGUGCUCGACGAGGCGAGCGCAGGCUGGGCAGAAUUCUACUGA